AUGAAUUGUCUAUCGAUUAAUAUCCGAGGGAUUGGGGGUAACGGUAAGGCGAAUUGGAUUAAUAAAAUUAAAGUCGAUUGCGGUGUUUCUUUUGUUGGGUUGCAAGAGUCUAUGUGUAGUAACGUGAGUCCGGGGGUUAUUUCUAAUUAUUGGGGUGGUAUUGGGGCGGAGUUUGAAUCUGUUGAUGCAGUGGGUAACUCAGGCGGUAUUGUCAGCUUCUGGGACCCGAAGGUUUUUUCUAGAGAUAAGGUGAUUAAGGAUAUUAAUUUCUUAUGUAUUUCGGGUAUUUUGACAGAAGGUUUGGUUCGUAUUAACGUUCUUAAUGUUUAUGCGCCGCAUAAUAACGAGGAUAAAAGGGGUCUCUGGCAGAAAAUCGUUAAUCUUAUUCAGUCUAUUGAAGGUUGGUGGAUUGUUUUUGGUGAUUUUAAUGUUGUGCGUGACCUAGACGAGAGAAAGAAUUCUGUUUUUGACCCGGUUGGUGCGAGGGAUUUCAAUGAUUUCAUAGAAGACGCUGGUUUGCGUGAACAUCAACUAAAAGGUAUGAAAUUUAUUUGUAUGACGGUUAGACAAGGUCAGUGUAAGUUGAGCAAAAUCGAUAGAUUUUUUGUUUGUGACGGUAUCUUCAAUAGUUGGUCAAAUGUUUGUGUUAGAGUUCUGAAGAAAGGUCUUUCGGAUCACUCCCCUAUCAUUUUUUCGGUAGUAGACUUUAAUUUCGGUGCAAAACCUUUCUGUUGGUUUGACUCCUGGUUGGAUAAACCAGGCUGUGAGGAUAUUGUCAGGUCUGUUUUUUCUGGGUGGACAAAUAGGGGUCCUAGCGACUUGAAUUUGUUGAAUAAGAUGAAAAAAUUGCAGGCUGCUCUUUCUAACUGGUAUAGAAGUUGGAGCAUUUUGGAGAGACAAAAUGAAGCUUCCUUAAGAGUAGACAAAGAAAAAAUGGAAAUUCUUAUGGAAAAUAAAGGGUUAGAAGAAGAAGAAUUUUGGAUUUGGUCCGAAUGUUCGAAAUGUUUAGAAGAGAUACAACUUAGGAAAAAUCGGGACCUGAAACAGAAAUCUCGGGUGAAGUGGGCGUCGUUAGGGGAUGAGAACUCGAAUUUUUUCCAUAAUGUUGUCAAUGGGAGAAAAGCUAGAAACGGGAUUCCUGGUUUGAUGGUUAAUGGGGGGUGGGUUUCUAAGCCUUAG